CUAUCAUUCAUCCAUCAGUAUCAUCGAUUGAUAACAAACGUCAGCUGUUCGAGAGAUUAGUAAAUUAGUUUGGAUUUUGCUGAAAUAACAACGCUAUGUCCGAAGGCACUGAGCAGGAAGUGGACAUAAUGUUCGGACUAAAAAAUGUACUAACUCAGAUCGAGGCUGCUGUAGCGAGAAGGAGCAAAGAUCUUCCUCAAGUUACUCCUCAGUUGGUGGCUGUUUCCAAAAUAAAACCUGUGCCUCUCAUAAUACAAGCCUACGAUGCUGGCCAGCGCCACUUUGGGGAGAACUAUGUGAACGAGAUGGCUGAAAAGUCCAUAGACCCACAAAUAUUGGACAAAUGCAAAGACAUCAAAUGGCAUUUCAUAGGACACCUGCAGACUAAUAAAAUAAAUAAACUACUAGGUUCUCCUGGAUUGUAUAUGGUUGAAACAGUUGACUCUGAAAAAUUGGCUGACAACUUAAAUAAACAAUGGACUAAAUUGAGGAAGGAAGAAAACAAGUUGAAUGUAAUGGUACAAGUUAAUACUAGUGGGGAGGAAGCUAAAAAUGGCGUCGCUCCUGCUGAAGCCACAAAGUUAGUGGAACAUGUUUUAAAGAACUGUCCAAGUCUUGAAUUCAAUGGGCUCAUGACCAUAGGUCAAUAUGACUAUGAUGUGUCACAGGGACCUAAUCCAGAUUUCCUAACUCUAGCCAAAUGUCGACAGGAGGUGUGUGAGAACCUAAACUUGGAUAUUAAUAAGGUGGAACUUUCAAUGGGAAUGUCCAGUGAUUUUGAACAUGCCAUCGAACUUGGAGCUACAACUGUCCGCGUUGGUUCAGUCAUAUUUGGAGCGAGGCCUCCAAAAAACUAAGUUUUGCUAAACAAAAAUCUUUUGUUUAAUAUUAAACUCUUUUGUUGUUACAUAGAAUAA